AUGACUGAUCCAGAGGAAGUUUCCAUGCGGUGGGGGAGGCGUAAAAACAAGCCUUCAAUGAAUUACGACAAAUUGAGCAGAGCUUUAAGAUAUUACUACGACAAAAUGAUAAUUACAAAGAUUCAAGGGAAAAGAUACACUUAUAAGUUCAACUUCAGAAAGAUUAUGGAAUCAAACAAGGCAAUGUCAGGAUCAGUUUCAACAUCCUUGGAUUGGAAUACCCGUAUUGGAAUGGAUAGUCGAUUCCUGCAUCACACGCAGUUCCGGGAUUCGGUCUCCUCCUUGUUGCCAAUUGAGCGGUACGUACAAGUUUCAUCUCCCUUUGAUCGCGGCUCGCUGUAUCCGGUUACAGAAUUGGGGCCAGGAUAUCCACAGAUGGUACAAUCGGAAGAGGAACGCCUACUGCCAUCAACAAUGUCUGGAUACUCAUCUUCCGAUUGGCAGGCAUCUCCCACUUUUUCAGUUUCCUCACGUUCCUCGCCCCAAGGACUCCCGGCGUACGUCACAUUUCAGUCUCAGAAUGAUUAUCGCCCGACAUGCGAUUGCUACCCGGCCUGUCUUUCAGAAAAGAACACGAUGUCUUACGGUAACUAUUAG